UCAUUAUGUAAGACCAUGAUUAGGCUUGGUACAAAUUGGCAGACAUGAUCUAUUGCAUGAGAAAGAUGCAUGAGAAAGAUGUCUCGGACGGAAAGACGAGGAACAUUUUGAGGUAAAGGAUAGUUGUGACACCGGAUGUCUGAAGAUCUCUUCAUGGAACACGACACACACAGGGACCGACACAUGCACGGGGGAGUUGGAACUGGAACAGUGUCCCGAAGCGGAAGGUAAAAGUUCUUUUAUUCAGAUUCACUGUGGAUCCUACCAAACCGAGAGACUGAAGUGAGCGCCAUUGUAUAUAAUUAUGAGCAAACAACGCAGAACACCUGAAGUCAAAGACAGAAUGGAAAUGGACGGAGGAUACGGAUGGGUGAUAGUUGCAGCUUGUUUUGUAAACAACAUGCUCGUUAUUGGCCUCAUCAAGUCCUAUGGGAUACUGUUUGUCCAGUUUCUGAAGCGGUUUCAAGCAUCAACUUCAGUGACAUCAGUAAUCCUUGGUAUCAAGGCUGUGGCUUUCAGCUUUUCGGCUAUGUUAGCCCUAAAUAUCUUAAUCACCCGGAUAUCAAUCAGGAAGUUAUCCCUUGUCGGAUCAGCCUUGACAUCCGCCGGCAUCUUGCUCAGUAUGUUUGCAGAGAACGUGGCCUUCAUCAUCUUCACUCAAAGCAUCCUCACAGGUUUAGGAAAUGCAUUCGUGUACGGACCAGGAAUCUACCUCCUUGGACAAUACUUCGACAAGAAACGCCCUCUAGCGAUAGCAGUAGCCAAUUCGGGUAUCAGCGUAGGCCUGAUGGUGUUACCUACCCUCAUCACAUACCUAUUUGACGAGUUCGGGUUCCAGGGUGCGCUUAUGCUCUUGGGCGGGGUCAUGAUGCAAACCGUCGUGUGCGCAGCCCUCUUCAGACCACUUCAGCCUAAGGAACUGGGACUACCAAGAUCAUCACCAGACCCUGAUGACAUAAGCGGUUCACCAGCACCAAGCCCGGCCACUUAUGUUAAUACUGACAAGGAAUUGGAAGGAUCAAAUGAAGAGAAGACAUCAUUUAUAGGAAUGUCGCGAGGGGAUAAAAUGCAAAUAGCUUCAGCUGAUAAUUCCUGUUGCCGUGCUGUCAGAGGCUGCAUGGCAACUAUGGAUCUCUCCUUGUUCAAAAAUCCCAUUUUCGUCUGCAUUCUCGGCUUCUCCUUUUUUGGCCUAAUUGGUAACGAGCUGUCAGUAGCUUUCAUUCCUUCCCUGGCUAAGGAAAAAGGACUAACGGACAUGGAGACAGCAUAUCUCUUCACUGUGGCAGCCGCUCUAGAUCUCUUCAGUCGACUCCUACCAGGAAUCAUUGCCCAGUUGCGACUCAUGACACGACCCAAGAUGUUGGCAGGCGCCUUCGUCAUCAUUGGCAUCCUCUUCCAGUUCACGGCCUAUUACAAGAACUUUCAAUUCAUGCUGGGUUUCAUAAUUGUCUAUGGAGGAUUUUCUGGAUUCUUUUUCUCUCUUCUACCCGUCAUUAUAAUCGAUUUAAUUGGACUUGAUAAAUUCCCCAAAGCUUUUGGAUUUGUGCAGGUGUUCCAGGGAAUUGCUGGAGCGUUAACCUAUCCAGUUUUAGGAACAUUCAAGGACCUGACAGGAAACUACAAUGUCACUUUCCAUUUCCUUGGAGCUUCCCUGCUACUGGCCUCAGCUAUCAUUCUCACAGAACCACUCCUGCGGAGAUGGGAAGCACGUAACAAGAACCUGACGGACAACGAAGUUGCUUAGUGUGAUGUCAUCUAUAAAUGUAACAGCUCGGAACGUGACCAUGGAGCGCAGGGGUGCAACAGAUGCUCGACAUUCAUGUUUACCCAGCCAACAAAGCAUAAAGUCUACACAAAUUACUAUUAAAGUAUCGACCCACAUUGUACAUGUGAAUAUAGAUCCGCUAAUUUUCAAAGGGCACAUGCAGUAUAUAUCAUACAUUUAUGACAGGGGGACAUUCGAACGAAGGGCCAAGGUUAUUGAGGAUAAGGAUCGAACCGAAAUAGGAUCAAUAUUUAAUGCUGCACGUUACGGAGAGCAAAUGUGCAAAGUGGCAGCGUUUGGGCUGGUAAUGCCGUGCGCUUUUUGGACCAGUAUCAAUAGGUUAUUAGGCCUGCAUUGGCAAAUAUAUGCGAUGUUUGAUGAGUGCUGGCUUUCUCUUCUCUGAUUCAUAUAGGCGGCAGUGCAGCCUUGUAGUCAACCGACAUUAUUGCAGUGUGUGAUCACAGUUCUCUAUAUAUUUUUAUUCAAACAAGCGGGAUGGUUCUAUAUUGUAUGUUAUAGUAUGAUAUAAUAUAAGUAUAUGCUCCCGUGGUUAUCGACCAGUGACACAAUACUCUUUAAAUGCGCUAAUGUUGAAUAUAUUAAUAUUGUAGUGGUAUUGUAUCACUGUUGAAUAUGCAUACUCUAGUUGUAUAAUCUGAAUGCGCUACUGUUGAAUAUAUUAAUAUUUAUACAUGAACUCUCAUAGAAUCACUGCUGAAUAUAAGUAAUCUAGUCAUAGUCCUUCACUGCUGUUGAAUAAAUUAAUAUUUUUCUCUAAA